UAGUAACUGCGAGCUGUGCUGAGCUAGCCCGCGCUGGGGGAGCAUUGUUUAAGAGGCGCGGCCGGCCGGUGGCGGUGGAUCGAAGCUGCGGCGUGUGCUUUGCGUUGCGCGCGCGCGAGCGAGCGAGCGAGAGGGGAUAGGUAGUAGUGGUGUGUGAGAGGGACGGAAGGGAUGGCGAUGCCGUAUGCCUCCCUGUCUCCGGCGGCCGACCACCGCACCUCCCCGGCCGCCGCCACCGCGUCGCUCCUCCCUUUCUGCCGCUCCACCCCGCUCUCCGCGGCCAACGGAGGCGUCGGGAUGGGGGAGGACGCGCCGAUGAACGGGAGGUGGCCCGCGGCGAGGCUGCCGCCGUUCACCGCGGCGCAGUACGAGGAGCUCGAGCAGCAGGCGCUCAUAUACAAGUACCUGGUGGCCGGCGUGCCCGUCCCGCCGGAUCUCGUGCUCCCCAUCCGCCGGGGCCUCGACUCCCUCGCCGCCCGCUUCUACAACCAUCCCGCCCUUGGAUAUGGUCCAUACUUCGGCAAGAAGCUGGACCCAGAGCCGGGCCGGUGCCGGCGUACGGACGGCAAGAAGUGGAGGUGCUCCAAGGAGGCCGCUCCGGACUCCAAGUACUGCGAGCGCCACAUGCACCGCGGCCGCAACCGUUCAAGAAAGCCUGUGGAAACGCAGCUCGUCCCCCAGUCCCAACCGCCCUCCGCUGCUAGCGCCUCUGUGGCGGCGCCCCUUGCUGCUGCCUCCAAUGGCAACAGCUUCCAAAACCACUCUCUUUACCCUGCCAUUGCCAGCAGCAAUGGCGGGGGUGGGGGCAGGAACAUGCCCAGCUCCUUUGGCUCGGCGUUGGGCUCUCAGCUGCACAUGGAUAAUGCUGCCCCUUAUGCAGCUGUUGGUGGUGGAACAGGCAAAGAUCUCAGGUAUACUGCUUAUGGAACAAGAUCUCUGGCGGAUGAGCACAGUCAACUCAUUACUGAAGCUAUCAACACAUCUAUCGAAAAUCCAUGGCGGCUGCUGCCAUCUCAGAACUCUUCAUUUCCCCUUUCAAGCUAUUCUCAGCUUGGGGCGCUAAGUGACCUUGGUCAGCACACCCCCAAGUCACUUUCGAAGGUUCAGCGGCAGCCACUUUCGUUCUUUGGGAACGACUAUGCGGCUGUCGAUUCUGUGAAGCAAGAGAACCAGACGCUGCGUCCCUUCUUUGAUGAGUGGCCAAAGGCAAGGGACUCAUGGUCAGACCUUGCCGAUGAGAAUGCUAACCUUUCGUCAUUCUCAGGCACCCAACUGUCGAUCUCCAUACCGAUGGCGUCCUCAGACUUCUCGGCUGCCAGUUCUCGAUCAACUAACGGUGACUGAAUGCUGUAUGGAUGAUCCCACUGCCCAGUGAACCGAUACUGGUCCGGUUGCUGUCGUGCUCUGCGAUUUUCUGCCCACUCGCCCCCACCGUGCAAUAGUAGCAAAGCAUUCUGUGCUCCUGUAAUUUACCAGUGUUCCUCUCGUCAGAUCUGCGUGUGAAAUCGAUCAAAACCCCGUAGUCUCCUGUGGA